GCGGGCGGCGGGGCGGCGGCGGCGGCGGCGGCGCGGAGGAUGAAGUGGAGCGUGCGGGGAGCCUGCGCCGCGCUCUCCAGCUGCCUCCUGCUCGCCUGCGCCCUCAGCGCCGCCGCCGUGGGCCUCAAGUGCUUCUCGCUGGGCUCGGAGCUCAAGGGCGAGCCGUUCCGCCUGGGCACCGCCGCCGGCGCCUUCUACUCGGGGCUGCUGCUGGCCGCCGGCCUCUCGCUGCUCGCCGCCGCGCUGCUCUGCUGCCGCCCGCCCGACGAGGCGCCCGCGGCGGCGGCACCGGCCGGCGGCGGACCCGGCGGAGCCCCCGGCGGAGCCCCCGGCGGGGGGGAGGCGGCAUCGGCAUCGGCUGCAGCAUCGGCAUCGGCGUCGGCAUCGGCAUCGGCAUCGGCGGCGGCGGCCGCCCCGUCGGGGCCGGGGGAGAAGGCGUCGCCCGGGGGGCGGCAGAACUUCCUGCUGCUGGGGGUGCUGGUGUUCAUGCUGGGCGUGCUGAGCGCCUUCGCCGGCGCCGUCAUCGACGGCGACACCGUGUCGCUGGUGGAGAGGAAGUACUCGCACUACUGCCUGCUGCAGCCCGGCGGCGCGGCCCGCCCGCGGAGCGGCCCCGCGGCCCCCGACGGCUCGGCGGCGGCGCUCCGCUGCCAGAAGCUGCGGGACUACCAGCGCGGCUUGGUGCUCUCCACCGUCUUCAACGCGCUGGAGUGCCUGCUGGGCCUGCUCAACCUGCUCCUCGUCAAGAACUACAAGGCCUCGCAGCAGCGCGGGCGGCGGCGGCGGCGGCGGAGAGCGGCCCCGGCGGCGGCGGCGGCGGCGGGCGGGCGGCGGAGGCGAAGACGGGGCGGCGGCGGCGGGCGGCGGGCGCCGCGCCACAGCCAGGGCUCCCUGUUCUCCGGCGGCGAGCCCGAGCUCACCCCCGGGGAUUGCCCCUUCCAGGCCGUCUCCUACAUCAACGUGGGCGUCUUCCACGUCUUCGACGAGGCCGGCGUGGAGGUGCACUGCGGCGGGCACCCGUCCGUCGAGCUGCCCGGCUACUCGCCCAUGGAUCCCGAGCUGAACGCCUCCUACCCGUACUGCUACCCGCUGCCCAGCGAGCAGCCCCCCGCCUACGAGGAGAUCUACCCCGGGGAGCCCUGCGCCCACGGCACCUAGCGCCGAGCCCGGCUCCCCGCCCGGCCGCUCCUCGCUCCGACGGCGGGCACCGGGACGGCACCGGCACGGCACCGGCAGCGCCGCGGGGCUCAGGGACAGCCGCGGCCCCCCGACGGCACGGCCCCCGACGGCACGGCCCCGCCGCCUCGGGAGCAGCGGGUGCCGCCGUGCCUCUGGCUCUGCGGAAGCUUCUCCUCCUGCCCUCUGCCCUCCCUCCUGCCCCUGCUCUCCGCAGACUCCCCCCGUUACCCCUCCCCGCCCUCCCGCACACCGACCCUCCGUCCGACCCUCCGUCCGUCCGUCCGUCCGUCCGUCCGUCCCCCUCCGACCGCCGGCGGCUGAGUUUUCCAAAGGCUGCGCGAGAAACGCCUAAGGGUUGGUUCCUCCUGCCGCCUCUCCUCCGUAGCCAAGUUUAGUUCCCUUCAAGUGAUUCAUCAGUCUCCAGCUUUAGCAGUCCAGAGUUACCCAUUUAUGAUAACCAGCCAGUGUAAGGAAAAGGUGUCAUGAAGCUUCUUUACCUCUCAAAAGAGCUAAAUUUCUAAACAACGCAGAGACAUUUGUGUCACGUUUACUAGAGGUGUAUUGGGGAUCUUUAACGUUUACACUACUCCUCGGGAGAAUUGAGUUCUGUUUUAAGAUUUAGUGAGUUAAAACAUUUGUUGGUCUUGUAAGAUGCACAUUGAGAAAAACCUGCACUUUGAAAAAGAAACAGGAAAAAAAUCAACAACGUUUUUGUACACUAACGUGCCUGCUUUUGUUGAUAACUUCUUACUGUAAAAGCUUUCAGAAGUCUAUAGUGAAAAUGUUUGGUAAAUUCACUGCAGUUUAAAAUCGAUGAUUAGUUCCUUUACUAAAACAGCUGAGAUGUUGCUAGGAUGUGGCAGUUAAAAGGAAGUCCAAAUGUCAUACACAUUCCUUUUUGUAAACAGGUUCUGUGUUUUUAAUGCAAGGCAGGAUUUCUUUUCGUUUUACACAGGUGAAGGUUUAAUUCUAUUUUGUACAACUACAUGGUUUACCUUGUAAAGAAUUCCAUUUUACCUGUUACAAUUCAUCAAUCUGGUAAGCUUGAAUAUUAAAGUUUUAUUUGAAAUAUAUAUAUAUUGUAAAACAGCCUUAACCGGUGCAGUGGUCACAGUUUUAAAGGGAAAAAGAAGAAAAGAAAAGAAAAAAAAACAUCUUGGAAGUCAUCUUCCAAAUGUGUUUUCAAAACGGUAUUUAUACUCCUAUUACAAAGUAAGAUUUGUCUUUUUUUUUCUUUUUUUUUUUUUUUAAGAGGCCACUGUAAUUCCUGAAGAGGGGAAAAAUUAACGGGAUUGUAUGCUGUUAACUCUUUCUGAACUUGGAGGUAUUAAAAAGGCUUUCUGCAAAGAGAAAAACUGCUAGAUCCUCCUUUUGGAUUCUGCCGUGGAACGCCAGUAUCAGAUAGUAUAAGAAAGUGCCAAUUAAGGGAAGCAGGUAUGACAUAUUUUUUACAUCUUUUGAGAACAGGUGAAAGCUUAAUUUCAUGUUGCACAAAGAGCCAAAAAGCAACUCUUCAGAUUGCAUUUGGUUCAGUCGUCCCUCCCCCAGUUACCCUAUACUGAAAUGAAAUAUUGCAAAAUAACCUUUCAGUUAAUUCUGCGUUUUGAGCCUGCUGCAUAAUGCCAGUGUCUCAGAUACCCGGAGAGAGGGAGAGUUAAGGGAAUGCAAAGUUACAAUGUAUUUCUGUGGUCGAUGCAAAAUUAUUUUAAAAUUUUUAGCUGCAGAGAGACUGACGUAAUUUACAGCCUUAGAAUUGGAGAGGGAAGAUUUUAGACUAAAAAUAACCAAGUCUCUCUGCACCGUUUUGUUUUCUAAAGUGUUUUGACUUGCACACUUUGUAUAAUCUAAAAUGCAGAAUGCCUUAGAAGUCUUAAAAUUGCAAACUGUUGUCUGUGAAGCUCACAAUUAAAGCUCUCAUCUAGGGAAGACAGCUAGAAGCAGCAGUUGCCAAGUUGCCGCGUAGUUCUACAUUGCAGAAAUGUAAAGCGCAGAUCUUUUUGGCCAGCAGAUUUCCUUGUGCAGAAGGCCAGCCUGAAACAUUUGCCCUAGCUAAGUCUGGUUUUAGUACCGAAGACUGGCUUUGUGCUGGCUCUCUGCAGAUGCAGCUCUUUAACCCCUUGCAGGGAAGUUAUUGGGAAGUCCUGCAGUCUUCACCUACAGUACUAAUUUAGGCACAAACCCGAAUCCACAGCCUACCGUACUGCUUAUGUACCCAAAUAUUUUGCAAAAAUGAGUAAUUAAAGUAACGAGGCUCAAUCCUUAGACCAGUAGGUCUCCACUUAGAUGAGUUGUGAUACAGCGUAGUAUCCUGUUACGGAAUCAAAUAGGAACUGCCAGAGCGAUUGUGAAAGACAGACCAGCUAGGUGCCUAAAUACAGAGUCAGAAGUGUAACAAUAGUUGUUGGCUUUAAAAAACAAACAAAAAAAUUGGCUGUAUACAUUGUAGUUCAUGGAAGUUGUAUCUUAGUUUUACUUAAGGAAUUGAUUUUUGACUUAAAAAGACAGUAUUUUACUUAACUAUUUUAGGAAUUAUGAACUAGACAAUUCUGAAACUCCAGAUGUUCCAAAGAUCAGUGCUCAGGGAAAUAAAUGGAAAGUCAAGAAAGCUACCUAUUAUACUCAAUUGUUUAAAUGUAAACAAUUUUAAACUAUGAAUUUUUAAGAUUGUUAAAUUCAUAACUUUUUUUUGUGUGCGUGCGUGCGCAUGUGUACGUGUGUAUGUGUGUUUCGUGUUUUAUUUAAAUCUGUUCAGAAUGCCAUUGAAUUAGGAUAUUUAUUUGUGGCUCAGUUUCAGUUCCCGAAUUUCUACUUUUCUUCAUUUGGGCUUUUAUCCCCUGUAAUAUUUUAGUUUAGUGAUGGACAGAUUGCCAGAACAAUGUCCAAGUUGGACUCCCACAGAAGCCAGUAGGCAUCAUUUCAUUGACUUCAGUGGGUCUGGGCACAAACAAUAUGUAACACCUACUCUAAAUAAUCUCUAAAGUAAUAUUGAUCUUCUGGCAUGACAGGAUGCAGCAGAGGCAUAUUAUUUCUCAGUUAUUUAUUAUUUGUAUGGAUAGCGGUAUUAAGGGAGGUCACCUAUGGUAUUAUACAUAUUAAAAAAAAGAAAAAAGAAAAAAGAAAAAAUUGGCAGGCAAAUUGACCAAACAAGCCAUGUUUUCUUAAAAGAUGGUAUACAAGUGUUUCAGGUAUCUGGUGACAAACUUUUCUGAUAAAACACUACACGUAUUUAUUUCUCAGUGAGAAGAAACUUAUAAAUACAGGAUUCAAGAUGAAGCUUCACAAGCAUGAUUGCAGUAUUGUGAAGCCAUUUUUAGUAAACCUGAAUCAUCACUCUCUCUUCUGAGCAAUAAUGUUAGAGUGUAUAAACUGUACUGUGCCGAAAUUGAAAAUAGGCUGGUGUGGGAAGCAUUGGAGCGUAGGUUAAUUACCUGAGAGGACUCAUACCAUCCCUCUGUUUUCCAUUCCCUGUCACAUGAUUGUCAAGGCAAAUGCAAACCUGAUCGAUUCAUGUCACUGGAGGAUGCUAAUUACAAGGCUUUUUCCUUAAAUAGCAAAACCAGGGAGAACGGAAGAGAGACAUCGUGUAUGUGCUAUCAAAUCUCCAUUUUGCUUAGCUGAAGUAAUGACAAGACUGCUUUUUGCCCCACGGCUUGUAGUUUUAAUUUGCUCACAGCUUUACUCACAUCUGUUCAAAGGGAGGGAAGAAUAGACGCAAUACUGCUCUUUUGGUGACAGUGGAGUACUGAUUUGGUAGCAGACUGCUCCCAGCUUUCCAGUCCCUUUUACAGGUAAUAGCGGCUAGUCAAGGGAUGAAACAG